GAAGCAGAAGAGAUUUCCCUCCCCCGUAAAAAAAAGCCAUCCCCCCCGCUCUGUCCCGUCGCACAUUCGGCCCCCUGCGACUCGGCCAGAGCGGCGCUGGCAGAGGAGUGUCCGGCAGGAGGGCCUUCGCCCGCUGUUCGGUUUGCGAUCACGCAGCAGGGAGGUGGGCGGCAGCGACGCCGGCUUCCAGAUACCAAUGGGGAUCCCAAUGGGGAAGUCGAUGCUGGUGCUUCUCAUUUCCUUGGCCUUCGCCUCGUGCUGCUUUGCUGCUUACCGCCCCAGUGAGACCCUGUGCGGUGGGGAGCUGGUAGACACCCUCCAAUUCGUCUGUGGGGACCGCGGCUUUUACUUCAGCAGGCCCUCAAGCCGCGCCAACCGCCGCAGCCGUGGCAUCGUGGAGGAGUGCUGCUUCCGCAGCUGUGAUCUGGCCCUCCUGGAGACCUACUGUGCCACCCCCGCCAAGUCCGAGAGGGACGUGUCUACCUCUACGACCGUGCUUCCGGACGACUUCCCCAGAUACCCCGUGGGCAAAUUUUUCCAAUAUGACACCUGGAAGCAGUCCGCCCAACGCCUGCGCAGAGGCCUGCCUGCCCUCCUGCGUGCCCGCCGGGGUCGCAUGCUAGCCAAGGAGCUCGAAGCGUUCAGAGAGGCCAAGCGUCACCGUCCCCUGAUCGUCUUGCCACCUAAUGAGCCCGCCCACGGGGGUGCCUCUUCGGAGAUGUCCAGCAAUCAGAAGUGAAGCAAAUUGCGUGGUAAUUCUGUAAUGUAGUACCAUCAUCCUGUGACCUCCUCUUGACCAGGGACAGUUCCAUCAUGUCCUCCAGCUAACCAAGAUCUCUCUGGUUCCACUUCCGCCCCAGGCUUCUCUCUACCUGCCCCCAUGCCCCGCCUCCCCACAUCAGGCUGCUCCCCCCAUCCGGGCCCCCCACCAACGGGCUCAAGAAUCCCAGUAAUUGUUCAAAACCAAACUAAUUGGCUAUUUAUAUCCUUCCAACCCCCCCCCCCCAAGUUAUAUGUGCAUAUCAAAAAAACUUAAGUCCCCUUAAAACUAAUUGCAUUUAAAAAAACACUAGAAACAUGAAUUAGCUUAAAACAAAACAAAACAAAACACAAAACAAACCAAUUGGCUAAAAAAAAUACAAAAAUCAAAUUGGCUUAAAAAUAAUGAUUGGCACUUCAAACCCCCUUCCUCCUCUCCCCCCCUUGGUCCCUGAGUCACAUUGACUUCGACUUGGGCACCAGAACCCAAGAGUAAGGAAGGGAACCCAGAAAUUUACAGGUGGGCAUGUCAUUGGUUCUGUGCCAUCUCCUUCCUUGUCACAUCUUGGACCAUGUUACAGCGUAAGCUGGCUGUGAACAGCAAUAGCAAACUCAUUCUUCACGGUCUUUUCUAUCACAGAUGUCAUCAUGGGGCUGGGUGGAGGGACCCCGUGAGACUUAAGGAGGGGAACAGAGCUUAGAUACCGCAAACAGAACUCAAUUGGCGCAACCCCCUGCCCCACAAAAUCUCACAUUUCAGACACAUGCAUCCCUGCUGACACACGGCACACAGAUUCACGGCACCGCACACAUAGAUACACACACCCCCUACACACACACACACACACACACACACACACACACACACACACACAGAGCCCAGAUAGGCCAAGGUCUAUCCCAAAUUCCCUAAGCGGUUCACAAGGUCCCAGCUCCCCUCCCAUCCAAUUCCAUCUCGGCUCUGCUGCUUGUGGGUCCUGUUUGUGCCCUGACUUACCCUCUGCUGCCCUUUUCACUGCUUGACUGGGGCUUGGAUGGCUGAGACCAGGGUAUGCAGCAGCCCUCCCCACCCUGCAGCGCGAGCCCAGGUCCUCCCCGCCCCCCACCACCGUCAGACGCCUUGUACCUGCUGUGCGUCGGAGUGAAGAAUGAGUUUGCCCUGACGGAGAUGGCACUGCCAAGUGACAUGCUGCCCCGAGUAGCCUGACUCCCUGGGUGUGCUUCGGGGAGAAAGAUCAAGGGGACAAUCCCCCACCCCCGCACACCUAGGGGCCAUCUUUGCCAGUCUCCAGGGGAGCCCCCUUCUUGAGGGACUCCCCUGGAGACUCGCACUGAUGGCGGGGAGUGUGG